UUCCAAAACCUGCAGAUAAACCUAAACCAAGAUCAAGAUAUUCAAGAUAUGGAUCGCUUCAUAAUAUACAUAAUAUUAAUGAUGAAGAUAUUAUAAAUCACAAUAAUGGAAAUACUGAUACAUCGCAUAUUUAUGAAUUACCUCCAAAUAUGGAUGUAGAAAUUGAUGAUAACAAGGAAAAUCAAAAUACAACAAGAAAUCAAGAAAAAAAUGAAAAUAUAGAUUUGUCUAAAAAUUUAAAUCAACACAGUGGAAGUAAUUUAUAUGAUGUUGAAGGAAGUAAUGUAGACCAAGUAAAUUGGUUACAUAAAUCGAAUGAUGCAACUGUAGGUUUACAAUGGCAUUAUACGUAUCAUCCAAGUGACCAAAGGCAAUUUGUACAACAAACAGAACAAAAAGAUAAAGAAAAUAUGCAAGAACAAUCAAUGCAAUCACAAUUUUUUAAUUAGAACAAAAUUUAAAUAAGGAAACACAAAAUAAAUACAUAAUGGAUAAUUCACAUCAACAAUUAGAUUGGCAAUCUCAAAAUUAUAAAUCUGAACAAAAAGAUAAAUCUUUAAGAAAUGAUUAUGUUCAAAAUAAAAAUAAAUUUAUAUCUAAUGAACAAAUAAAAGAAAGUUCACAGACAGAUGUUGGAAUUUUUAAACCAGAACCUAAAUUACAGCCAAGAAUCUUAGAAGUUUAUGGAGGUGGCCAAUAUGAUCCAACACAUAGCGAUGAUAUAUAUUCAGGAGUGACGAUAAAUCCUAGUGCUACAUUAACAUCUACAAGCAAUACAGAUCCAUGGGACAUUAGGGAAAAACCAGAAAUAUUAACAACAACUGAAUUAGUACCACCAUUAUUAUCUGUAGAACCAUUGGACACAAACAUUCCUACUGAAGCACCUCAUUCAUCAUCCAUUUGGUCAAGAAUUAGUCAUAAAAUAGCAACUACAAUAGAUAAAGCUAAAGAAAAAGCUAAAAAUAUUUUUGGAUAAAUAUAAAUUUUUAAAACAAUUUUUAAAACAUAUCUAUUUAUAAGUAACAUAUUUUUUAAAAUAUAGAUUUUAAAUAAAAUUUAUUAGAGAUAAGAUUAUUGAAAUUGUUAAUUUAAUAUGUAGUACUAAUUUAAUAUAUUUUAAUAUAUUAGAAUUGUAAUGUAGUAUUAUGAAAUUCUAUUAUUAUGAAGUUAUUAUAUAUUUUAAAUUGUUAUUUAAAUAAAUGAAUUUAUAUUUUUUAACUUUUAUAUUUUAUUCUUCAUUCUAAAUAUUAUAUAAUCAUAAAUAUAAAAAAGAUCAUAAUAAAAAGGAUCAACAAUAAUGUAUGUAUAAUUAAUCAUAUUUACUUACUUCUGGUAGACUCUUAAAAAACCUUACAAAACUUUGUUGACUUGAUGGAUCUGAAAUCAAUAUUAAUAUAAAAUUAUUUAAAAUCAAAAAUCUAAAUAUGUAAAA